AUGGCAUUCCUGAAGCGAUGGUGUUUCACGUUUAUUGAUUAUUGGAAAAUGGUUGGAAAUGAUUACCUGGCAGUCAUGGAAGAUUUGGUAAAAGGUGCAAAAAAAAGACCAAUCAUAACGGUGAUUAAAUUAUUGCCAUUGAGUGGUGCAUUUUAUGCUUAUAAGACUAAUCCAAGUGAAAUAGACAUGCUCAAUUCGUUGGUGGAAAAAAGGUGGCAAAUGAUACUUGUACCAAAUUCAAUACACAGUAAAAAAGCAGACGAUGAAAUUGCAUCUCGUACAUUGUAUAUAGAUCAAAAUCGAUUGAAAUAUAUUAAUUGCAUUUUUUUUUCCAUUCUCAUCAAGCUACCUGAUAGUGACGACUUAUGCUUGUACGAAAAUCGAGAUUCUAUUCUGAGGCGGUGGUGGUGGCAGCGAUACGAUGAUAUCAUUGAUAUUGGUGCUUUCAACAAAUGGUUUAGGCUUGGGAAAAGUUUCGAAGAUUACGAUAUCAACGAGAAUGAAUUCAGCAAUUCUGUUAGCAAACUUGCAUGA